AUGCACUUCUCUCAGUUACUCGGCGUCAUGGCUCUUGCUGGCACCGCAAUUGCUGAUACCGUGUCUUACGACAGGGGAUAUGACGGCGGCGGCCGCUCGCUCACAGAGGUGGCCUGCUCCGACGGCGAAAACGGCCUCAUGACCCGCUACGGCUGGAAGGUGCUGGGUAAUGCCCCUCGCUUCCCGUACGUCGGUGGUGUCGGCGUCGUUGCCGGAUGGAACUCGCCCGAGUGUGGCGGGUGCUGGAAGCUCGAGUACAAGGGCCGCAGCAUCAACGUCCUGGCCAUUGACCAUGCCGCCGCGGGCUUCAACAUUGCCUUGGCCGCCAUGAAUGACCUGACCAACGGCCAGGCCGAGCAAUUUGGCCGCGUCGACGCCACGGCCACGCGUGCUCCUCUGUCCGACUGCGGUCUCUGA